AUGUUCAAGAAGAAACCCAAUAUCAAGCCCCUCGCCCCGCUCAAGUCGAGCGACCGGCGCAGGACAGCGGACCAGAUCAUCGCAGACUUUGCCAUAGACACGCCCACUGACGAUGCCGCCGCUCUCACCGCCCUGCGACGCUCUAUACUGCCCGACAAUGCCCAGUCUGCCCGCUUCACCACCACGGCCGGCCCAGACCUUAGCACCGUCACGGGCACUCUCUAUGUCGGCGCCCACGAUGACGGCGACCAACGCGUCCUCUGGCUCAAGCUGCGCGACCGCCUCUACCCCACCGUCUACACGCUCUGGCACAACCCCGCCAUCGUUCCUCUGCUGCACACCCCGCUCUUCGUCGUCGACAAGCUCAAGCAGGGCGCCGACUUGAUGACGCCCGGCCUCCAGCGCGGCCCUCCCUUCCCCAAGAAUGCUACCAAAGGCGCUAUUGUUGCCAUUGCCAGCCUCGAGGCUCCAUCCGUGCCCAUGGCCGUGGGCGAGUGCAUCGUCGAUGUCAGUGCUCUAGGAAGCACUCAAGGUACAAAGGGCCAUGCCGUAUCCACGAUCCAUUGGGCAGGUGACGAGUUGUGGUCCUGGAGUGCAGCAGGCAAGCCGGGCCGCGACCCCCCAGACACCAUUGACGGCUGGGACAGCGACACAUCCCCCGACGCAUCCCUCGCGGACCGCACUGCCGCCAUCCAUCUUGACGGCGACGAUGAUCAAGACGGCGGCGUCCCACUCGGGACCACCCCCGCCGACCCUUCUCCGCCCGAAACCCUCGACGCUGUCCAGGGCGAAGACGCACCCUCGAACCCUGAUUUCAUCGACACGCUCGAGGACAAGGAGCUGACGACCAAAGAAAUCGACGAUGCCUUCAAAAACGCCUUUCUGUUCGGAGUGCGCUACCACAUGGACCACAACAAACAACACCCGACCUACGGACUUGAAUUCCCUCUGUCUCAGUCGCAUGUCAUGUCGCAACUCGUCCAGCCCUUUCUCCCCACUUACACUCCUGCGCGAACCGCUUCUUUGCAGAUCAAAAAGACAAGCUGGAAGAAUCUGCGAAAGUUCCUCAAGUACCUCGACAAGCAGCUUAUCAUCAAGUCCAAGGAUCGUGACGGAAACGAGGUUGUUGUUCUCGAUAUUGAUUUCAAAGACCGCCAGUUGGAGUCGUUUGUCCCAUACAGAUUACCCAAGAAGGACGGCCCGACUGCCACGAGUACAAGCGAUAAGGCUGCCCCACCACUAUCCGCCGACCCGUCACUCGGCCAGAAACUAAAGCUUGUUUCAGUACUCCGACCCAAGGAGAAAUUAGCCCCUAUCCUGGCUGCUUCUAAAGCGGACCCCCGAGGUCUUUACACGCCGGCCGAGCUCAAGCAGAUCCUAUUGGCAUAUGUCGAGGCUGAGAACCUCAUUGAUCAAAAGAACAAGCGUCUUGUUCGCAUAAAUCCCCAGCUAGCAGAUGCACUCCUGGGCUCGUCGGCAGCCGACAACGCAGCGCUCUCAUCAGGGGCCAUGCCUAGAGACGCUCUGGCAGAACGCAUGCUUGCGGCCGCCUCUCCCUUCCACGCAAUUCUUCGCAACGAUGCCAGCAUUGCAGACACGAAGCCCAAAGCGGGCGCUCCACCCAAGAUUCAAAUCAUCCUCGAGACACGUAGUGGCAACAAAACAGUCACAAAGGUUCAUGGCCUGGAACCUUACUAUAUCCCCCCUCAGCCUCUAGCCGACGAACUGAGAAAAACGUGUGCAGGCAGCACGAGCAUCGACAAGCUGCAAGGUUCCAGUCCAAAAGCUCCCAUCAUGGAGGUUAUGGUCCAAGGCCCGCAAAAGGAUGCCAUCAUCAAGGCGUUGGAGAAGCGAGGUGUUAACAAGAAUUGGGUCGACGUGGUAGACAAGACCAAGGGCAAGAAAAAGUAA